AUGCGGUGGGAUCAGAUUGCUUUCCUCCUGGCUCUAUACGUACUCAACGUUUGGUAUGUUCAUAAAUAAAGUUCUCAGAGGCUAAUAUAAUUAAUGUAUCGCGUCUUACGCAACUAUGUUUUACCUUAUUUUAGCCUAGCAGCCGAAGAAACAUUAGGUAUCCCCGGCGGACGCCAAAUUCGUCUCCUCAGAAGGCUAAAUGACAGCCCGGUCGAUCAAAGCGAGCCCCAGAUCCUAAACAGAGGACGCAGAGCCAAUCCCCGUCAAGUUCAACAUUCUGGAGAGGUGAUGUUCAGGAAAAGAUCGCGCAUUUUCGCUGAUGAUGGAGCCAGAGUGAAGAGAUUAUUGGAUAACGAAACUGUUGAAUCUAUGCUCCUGAAGAAAUUGCCAACCCUAGAUGAAGAAGGAACUGACCCCUUCGAAAUCAGAACGUUCACAGUCCAAAGACCCACUCACAGAACCAGAAUUAUCUAA